AUGGAUCAACCGAGCCUCGACGCUUUAAGCCAGAGAAUCUGGAAACUAAACACAGGCUCCAAGAUCCACCAUUUUCUUUGGAAAUGUGUUAACAAUGCCCUCCCCGCAGCAGCAAACAUGAAGCACAUACACAUCACAAAGGAUGGGCGUUGUAUGCGCUGCUCAAUGGAAAAUGAAACAAUAAAUCACAUCUUGUUUGAAUGUCCCUACGCUCGCCUUGUCUGGGCACUAUCUCCAGUUCAUGCACCUGUCGAUGGUAUUAUGUCUGACUCCCUAUACUCUAAUUUAUGGCGUGUGAUGAGCCUCCAAGAUAGAUAUCCCAAGGAAGAAGCACACGCUGAUCUCGUACCGUGGCUGUUAUGGCGCAUCUGGAAAAACAGAAACGAUUUCCUUUUCCAGGGCAAAGACUAUGCAGCUCAAGACGCAGUCAACAAAGCUCUCGAGGACAUGAAAGAAUGGUUGGAGAGAUCAGAGGAAGAAAAAAAGGAGGGAGUUGGGUGGGUGAGUAGAGACUACACAGGUCGGAUGCUGUGGGCAGGAGCUCGAAGGUUUCAGGGAGUGGGCUCACCAAUAGAAACUGAGGCAAUAGCGCUACAAUGGGCAAUCCAGUCGAUGAUUCGCUUCGGUUACAAGCAUGUCCAGUUCGAAACAGAUUCUCUGGUGCUGGCCAAGAUGAUUAAUGGUAAGGAGGAGACAUGGCCAAAACUGAAGCCAAUCAUACAGGAGAUCACCCACUCCCUCUCAACAAACCGGAGCUACAGGGUCGAGUACUUUUCUCGUGAUGGUAAUAAAACGGCAGAUAGGAUAGCGAAGGAAGCUUUUUCUUUUAUGAAUCAUGUUCCUAAGUUGUAUUCUGUUAUGCCAAGUUGGUUAAUCCAUGUCAUAGAGGCUGAUAUGCCUUCUCUAGGAUCAAACUAUGAUGUAGGUCCUAACAAUGUUGGAUAA